CCAUUUCCUGGAAUCCAACAGCCUGACUGAAUAAAAGGACCUUCACCAUAACCAGAUGAUAUGAAGCUGCAUCCUGACAGGAAAACAACGCCAUAAAACAACAAAAUGAAGAUCUCUGGGAGUUUGACACUGUUGCUGCUGCUCGGCUCCGUCUCCGCACAGGAAACUUCUGAAAGCAACCCGCCUACUCCUUCAGACCUCUACGCUGCUCUGAAAGAGAUGACCGCCUCGCUGGUCCAGCUGAAGGCCGACAUGGCUACAGAACGAGCCCAGCUGAAGGCUGAAGUGAACAAGAUGAAGACUGAAAUGGACAAGAUGAAGGAACAACCGCCAGUCCAACCGGUUGCAUUCUCAGCCUCUCUAGCGGUUGAAGGUGAACUACAUAUUGGACCUGUUCCCUCGGACACUCCCCUGAUCUACAGACACGUCCCCACCAACAUCGGAAACGCCUACAACACAACCACAGGUGUGUUCACUGCCCCGGUGAGAGGAGCGUACCACUUUGAGUUUCAUAUCAAUUCAGCAAACAGCCGCAGUACAGCAGCUUUCCUGGUCAAGAACUCAGAGAAUGUUUUUGCGGCACACGAGUCCCAGCCGGCCCAUUUCAUGAGUUCUUCUAACGGCGUCACCCUGCUGCUGGAGGUGGGAGACAAGGUGUUUGUGCGUCUGGCGGCUACAAGUCAUGUGUUUGACAACUUCAAUCACCACACCACCUUCAGUGGACACCUGCUGUUCCCCAUGUGAGACAGACACAGCAACUCUGUGACAGGUUGUUGUUGUCUCAGACACGUCUUCAUAGAUUUGAUCUGAUUUCACCUGCAUCCAAAUAAUAAUAAUGAGUAAUAAUUGUAGACAGGAGUCUUUUUUCCUUCAAAUAUAAAGUGGUUAAUGUUUCUGAUUCUCUCUUGUUUCUGUCAUUUUAAUCAAAUAAUGAAAUCAACAUGAACAUU